AUGUAUCGAGUCAGUGCUGCUAUCUUCUCAGACAAGUCUGGUACCAAUUUGCCGUCUCCGGAGGGAUGGAAGGCUUGGAGGGCCACCGGUGCAUGGAUCGAUUCUAUGUGUGUGUUGCAGGGAGCCUCUGACCACUGCGCCACACGCGCCAUAAUGAGCUCAGGAAGAAAGGCUUCCUUGCAAACCUUUGUAGUUAUGAUGUAUAUUCCUCCACUGCUGUGCUCGAAUUCUCUUGCUCCUUCUUCCGCUGCCCACAUUCAUCCCGCAUUUAUCAACUUGUCUGUACGUUGUGAGCAGAACAUCAUUGAUGAAGUUGACACAUUAUGUCUCAGUUUUAUAGCGGCUUUCAAAGAAUACUUGUCUGGUUGGACCGCACAGCGUCAAAAGGAGAAUCGUGAUCCGAGUUCAACUGGCCAUGAUCUUGAUAUUGCCAUUCGACCGCAGAUCGCUCACCUUACCCAAGAAGGUCGUUGGCCACUUCCAGGUCCUCUGGGAAAUAUAGUGCGACAGUUAAAAAAAGAGAUUUUGAAAUUAGGGACGGUAGUUGGAAAUGAUUGUGAAGAGGAAAAUUUUAGUAGCGCCUAUCGUGCCAUUUCGGACUAUCUCUUAGGAAAGAUGAAAACGUCUCCGAAGGGUUCAAUGGUUAUCCUCGGUUGUUCUGCUGUAUUAUCCAAUGGCUGUAUAAUUGCACCUAAGGGCAGCAUACUUGUAGCUCUAGCUGCGAAAGCAUUCAAUAUUCCUGUGGUCGUCGUAUCUCAAACGUUGAAAUUUGUGGACAAGGUGCAAUCCUACGGUCGAGUUGCCCUCCUGACACGAGAAUCUACCGAGCCAGUUCCGCCAGACCUCGUUACAGCUAUAGUAACCGAUAUUCGAGUUUUACCACCAAGUUCAGCUCCUGCUGUCCUUAAAGCAAAGGCUCUUGAUUUAGAAUGA